UAAAUGCGGAGCGCGACCCAGCCCGUCCGUCAUGGAGAAACGUGAAGUGUUCGUUCAGGCCGUGUCGAAGGAGCUGAUCGGAGAGCUUUUGCAGUUCAUUCAACUUGAUGAAGAUGCUUCCAACCCUUUCAGCCUAAAUGAGUUGCUAGACGAGUUAUCAAGGAAGCAGAAGGAAGAGCUGUGGCAGAGGCUCAGGCGGCUGCUGACGGACGUGCUGCUGGAGAGCCCCGUGGAGGGCUGGCCGGCCAUCGCGCCCCCCGGGGAGGGCCACGCGGACACGGACCACGGCUCAAAAAUGAAAAAAACCCUAGAAAUAAUCCAUGCAAUUACAUCUGUGAUUCUCGCUUCUGUGUCUGUAAUAAAUGAAAGUGAGGACUAUGAGGCCUUGCUGGAAUGUGCUGUCAUAUUGAAUGGCGUCCUGUACGCGCUGCCAGAAUCGGAGCGGAAGCUGCAGCGCUCCAUCCAGGGCCUGUGCGUCACGUGGUGGGAGAGGGGCCUGCCGGCCAAGGAGGACAUGGGGAAGACCGCGUUCACCCUGCUGCUGCGGAAGAGCCUCCAGACAAAAACGGGCGCAGACAUAAGUCGGCUUUGGCACAUUCAUCAAGCUUUAUAUUGCUUUGAUUAUGAGUUGGAGGAAAGUAGGGAAAUUAAAAGUAUGCUGCUGGAGUGCUUCAUAAGUGUUAAUUAUAUCAAGAAAGAAGAGGGAAGAAGAUUUCUUAGUUCUCUCUUUAACUGGAAUACAAAUUUCAUUAAAAUGAUCCAUGGGACCAUUAAAAACCAGUUACAGGGAUUACAGAAGUCUUUGAUGGUGCACAUUGCAGAAGUUUAUUUCAGAGCUUGGAGAAAGGCUUCCGGGAAAAUAUUGGAGACAAUCGAAAGCGACUGCAUCCAGGACCUGAUGUACCACGGGAUCCACCUGCCACGGAGGUCGCCGGUGCACAGCAAAGUGCGCGAGGUGCUGAGUUAUUUUCACCAACAAAAGAGAGUUCGGCAGGGAGUGGAAGAGAUGCUGUACAGGCUGUACAAGCCCAUCCUGUGGAGAGGGCUGAAGGCCAGGAACUCUGAAGUUCGCUCCAAUGCUGCGCUGUUGUUCGUCGAAGCCUUUCCUAUUCGGGACCCAAACUUCAACGCUAUCGAAAUGGAUAGUGAAAUUCAGAAACAAUUUGAAGAACUCUAUAGCCUUUUAGAAGACCCUUAUCCAAUGGUCCGUUCCGCAGGGAUACUCGGUGUUUGCAAAAUAACUUCCAGAUACUGGGAAAUGAUGCCUCCAACCAUCCUUAUUGAUCUCCUCAAGAAGGUGACUGGGGAGCUGGCAUUCGACACCAGCUCGGCUGACGUGCGCUGUUCUGUCUUUAAGUGUCUGCCGAUAAUUUUGGAUAACAAAUUAAGCCACCCAUUGUUAGAGCAGCUUUUGCCAGCACUGAAGUACAGCCUCCAUGAUAACUCGGAGAAGGUGCGCGUGGCCUUUGUGGAGAUGCUGCUGAAGGUCAAAGCCGUGAGGGCUGCGAAGUUUUGGAAAAUAUGCCCCAUGGAGCACAUUUUGGUUCGUCUGGAAUCGGAUUCGAGGCCUGUCUGUCGGCGCCUGGUGAGCCUCAUCUUUAACUCCUUCCUGCCUGUGAACCAGCCGGAGGAGGUGUGGUGUGAGCGCUGCGUCACGCUGCUGCAGAUGAACCACGCCGCCGCCCGGAGGUUCUACCAGCACGCCCACGAGCACACGGCCUGCACCAACAUAGCGAAGCUGAUACAUGUGAUCCGCCAUUGCUUAAACGCCUGCAUCCGGAAGGCAAUCCGAGAGUGCCAGGAGGAGGAGGAGGAGGAGGAGAGGGAGAAGGAGAACGUGAGUGUUCUGGACAAGACCCUGUCGGUGAGCGAUGCAGCGUCCAUGGCGGGCUUGUUGGAGAUCGUCGUGAUCCUCUGGAAGAGCAUCCACAGGAGCAUGGAGAGGAACAAGGAGGCCCGGCUCUACACCAUCGACAAGUUUGCCUGUGUGCUCCCCGAGUACCUGAAAGUGUUCCAGGAUGACCGCUGCAAGACCCCUCUGUUUAUGCUGAUGUCCUUCAUGCCGCCCUCCGCCGUGCCAGCGUUCAGCUGCAGUGUGAUCUCCACGUUAAGAAACCAAGAGGAAGGAGCUGCGGACAGGAGCUACUGCACUCUGCUAGACUGCCUCUGCUCCUGGGGACAAGUGGGGCACAUUUUGGAACUCGUCUGCGACUGGCUGCCCGAAGGGCCACCCCAGCGAAAGACGAACUCGGCAUCUAAGCGGAAGGUGCAGAUCCAGGACCCACGCCCUGCAAAGCCCCAGCUGGGGUUGGUUUAUGUGGAGUAUUUGCUGACCCACCCGAAGAACCGAGAGUGCCUGCUCUCUGCUCCCCGGAAGAAGCUGAACCAACUUCUGAAAGCACUUGAAAUGUCCAAGGUGGAUCUGGAAUCGAUUCUGCAGUCCCCUGGCGGGAAAGCUGAGCACUUCACGGAAGCAGCUGCCCUGCAAGCCUUCAGCCUGCACUGCCGCCUGAGCAUCCACCUCCAGCACAGGUUCUGCUCAGAAGGGAAAGUUUACCUCUCCGUUUUGGAAGACACCGGGUUUUGGUUGGAGAGCAAAGUUUUAUCUUUUAUUCAAGAUCAAGAAGAAGACUAUCUGAAGCGUCAUAGGGUGGUUUAUCAGCAGAUUAUCCAGACCUACCUGACUGUUGGCAAAGACGUCGUCAUGGUCGGCCUCGGCGACUGCAAGUUUCAGAUACAGCUUUUACACUGGAGUCUGAGAGUCAUGCACACAGUGAAGGGAUUCUUUUAUGUGUCAUUACUUCUUGGCAUCUUGAAGGAGAUAACUGGAAGUUCCUUGAAGCGGAAAACAGAUUCAGACGAAGAAGUUGCCACGCUGUUUGAUAUGGUCCAGAAGGUCUUUCAGAAAAUGUUGGAGUGUAUGGCCUGGAGCUUCAGGAAGCAGCCGGAAGAAGGCCUGCGGCUCCUGUACUCCGUUCAGACGCCGCUGCAUGAGUUCAUCACGGCGGUGCAGUCUUGGCACGCGGACACGCCCGUUCACCACGGCGUGCUCUCCACGCUGAUGGCCGCCUCUGUCGUCGAGAUCAGCCACCGACUGCGAAAGGUUUCUGAUGUCGAGGAGCUUGCCCCCCCCGAGUGUCUUUCAGACCUGCCGCCAUUUUCAAGGUGUUUAAUAGGAAUAAUCAUAAAAUCUCCACAUGUGGUCAGGUCAUUUUUAGAUGAGUUAAAGGCAUGUGUUACUUCUGACGACAUUGAAGGAAUUGUGUGUCUCACGGCUGUCACACACAUUAUUUUGGUUAUUAAUAAAGGAAAACACAAAAGUUCAAAAGUGAAGGAGGUCGCAGCCACUGUUCACCGAAAACUAAAGAAGUUCAUGGAGAUCACCCUGGAGGAGGACAGCAUGGAAAGAUUUCUCUACGAAUCAUCAUCGAGAACUUUGGGAACAUUUUUGAAUUCAUAACAGAACCAACAUCUUCGAUUAUGUAAAAAUAGAGAAAAGGGAUUUACAGAACAUGAAUGUGUAUUUUCGUAGUGUUUUUAAUGUUAAUAUCCCAUGUAAUAGAGAAGGUGGGAUUUAUUUGGGGAAGGCAUGAGCAGGAAGCUCAAAGUUUCUUAAAUGUUUGCCCAGUGCCUGCAAAAUAAUAUAUUUAAUGUAAAGGACUCCAGAAAC